AAUCGGUUAAUUUAGACUCAGAAGAGCAGAGAAACAAUACUGUUGGUGCCAGACUGGGAGAAAACUACGAAACAAGAGAGCAAUGACGAUUCGAGUGAAGGUGCUCGUCUGGCGCAGGCUGGUCUUGCUGUUCCUUUUUCUGGGGCUGUUGUUGGAAGCCCAGGCUGGGAAGAUCCGCUACUCGGUGCCAGAAGAGACAGACAAAGAUUUCUUUGUGGGCAACAUUGCCAAAGACCUGGGACUACAACCCCAGGAGCUGGCGGAGCGGGGAGUCCGCAUCGUCUCCAGAGGUAGGACUCAGCUUUUUGCUCUGAACCCGCGAAGCGGCAGCUUGGUCACCGCAGGCAGGAUAGAUCGGGAGGAGCUCUGCUCUCAGAGCCUGCAGUGUCUGGUGAGUUUUAACGUCUUGGUAGAGGAUAAAAUGAAGCUUUUCCCUGUUGAAGUGGAAAUAAUGGAUAUUAAUGACAACACUCCCCAAUUCCAGUUAGAGGAGGUAGAAUUUAAAAUGAAUGAAAUAACCACUCCAGGUACCAGGAUCACUCUACCUUCUGGGCAAGACCUUGAUGUGGGUAUGAAUUCGCUCCAGAUGUACCAGCUCAGCUCCAACCCUCAUUUCUCCCUGGAUGUGCAACAGGGAUCUGAUGGGUCCCAACAGCCAGAGAUGGUGCUGCAGAGUCCCCUAGAUAGGGAAGAAAACGCUGUCCACCGCCUCCUCCUCACCGCUUUUGAUGGGGGCAACCCAGUCCGUUCAGGAACCCUCCGAAUUCGAGUUCAGGUGGUGGAUGCAAAUGACAACCCUCCAGCGUUUACUCAAGCACAGUACCACACGAGUGUCCCUGAGGACGUGCCGCUGGGCACUCGGCUGCUCACGGUAAAAGCCACGGACCCAGAUGAGGGAGCCAAUGGGGAAGUAACAUAUUUGUUUCAUAAUAUAGACCACAAGGUGGCACAAAUAUUUCACUUGGAUACUUACACAGGAGAAAUAUCAAAUAAAGAACCUCUGGAUUUCGAAGAAUACUCAGUUUAUCCAAUGGAAAUUCAAGCUCAGGAUGGUUCAAGCCUCGUGGCCAGAGCUAAGGUGCUGGUCAAAGUUCUGGACAUAAAUGAUAAUGCCCCAGAGGUGACCAUCACCUCUGUCACCACUGCAGUCCCAGAAAACUUUCCUCCUGGGGCCAUAAUUGCUCUUAUCAGUGUGCAUGACCAGGACUCCGGAGACAAUGGUCACACUACGUGUUCUAUUUCUGGAAAUCUACCCUUUAAAUUAGAAAAGUUAGAUGAUAAUUAUUACCGUUUAGUGACAGAAAGAACAAUGGACAGAGAACUUACCUCCCAGUACAACAUCACAGUAACAGCAGCAGAUCAGGGAACUCCGACUCUAUCUACCGAAACACACAUUUCACUGCAAGUGACAGAUAUCAAUGACAACUCCCCUGUCUUCCUCCAGGAUUCCUACUCCACCUACAUUCCAGAAAACAACCCCAGAGGUGCCGCCAUUUUCUCCGUGACUGCCCACGAUGCUGACAGCAAUGAGAAUGCACGAGUCACUUAUUCCCUGGUGGAGGACACCAUCCAGGGGGUACCUCUAUCCUCCUUUGUCUCCAUCAACUCAGACACUGGUGUCCUAUAUGCGUUGCGAUCCUUCGACUAUGAGCAGUUCCGGGACCUGCAACUAAGAGUGAUGGCUCGUGACAGCGGGGACCCACCGCUCAGCAGCAACGUGUCACUGGGCAUAUUCGUGCUGGACCAGAAUGACAACACACCUGAGAUUCUGUACCCCGCCCUCCCCACUGAAGGUUCCACCGGUGUGGAGCUGGCACCCCGUUCUGCAGAGUCUGGCUACCUGGUGACCAAGGUGGUGGCUGUGGACAGAGACUCGGGCCAGAAUGCCUGGCUGUCCUACCGCCUGCUCAAGGCCAGCGAGCCGGGACUCUUCGCGGUGGGGCUGCACACGGGCGAGGUGCGCACAGCGCGGGCUGUGAUGGAUAGAGACGCGCUCAAGCAGAGCCUGGUGGUGGCGGUCGAGGACCACGGCCAGCCCCCUCUCUCUGCCACAGUUACUCUCACAGUGGCGAUGGCUGACCGCAUCCCAGAUGUGCUGGCCGACUUGGGCAGCAUGGAACCCUCCACCAACCUGGACAACUCCAGCCUCACGCUGUACCUGGUGGUGGCGGUGGCCGCGGUCUCCUGCGUCUUCCUCGCCUUUGUCAUUGUGCUGCUGGCGCUCAGGCUGAGACACUGUCAUAGGACGCGUCUGCUCCAGGCUUCAGGAGGAGGAUUGGCGGGCGUGCCCGUCUCUCACUUUGUGGGCGUGGACGGGGUGCGGGCUUUCUUGCAGACCUAUUCCCACGAGGUCUCGCUCACCGCAGACUCGCGGGAGAGUCACGUGACCUUCCCGCCGCCCAACUACGCUGACACGCUCAUCAGCCAGGAGAGCCAUGAGAAAAAGGAUUUUCUAUCAGCACCCCAGUCUUUACUUGAAGACAGAAAGCAAACAUUUUCUCAGAUGUCAUCUGUCGGGGUGCUGUUUCAUUUGGGGACACUUGAAAAGGUAAAGAUUGUCUAAAGUAGUAUUUUCAAGUUGUGUUAAUAUAAACUUAUGGAAAUCUA